AUGACCUCUAUACAAUCUUAUGUUCACUUCUCACCUGAUACAAACUUUAAAUCAUUUCAGUCUUUACAAAGGAAAAGAAAGAUUGAGUAUAAUACAUAUGAUUAUAAUUAUAGUGAUGACAAUCACAACAAUAAUAACAACAACAAUAGUGAGGAUAGCAGUACGAUUACUGAUGAUUAUUUAACCAGAGGAAAAAGAAAAUGCAAUAAAAAUAGACAGUUGAUCUAUAAUAUUAGAACUCUUUCGAAUUGGCAAUAUAUUUGUUACAUCAAAAAACCUGUGCCGUUAAUAGAUAUUGAAAAUACGAUUAAAAAUGAAUAUUUAAGAGUCAAGGAAUCUAUCUAUAAACCAAACUAUCAUGUUGAAUAUGAUUCAAACGGUAACCAAAUUUAUGUUGAGGAUCAAAGUAAUUCAGAUGUUUUACAAGGCAAAAUCUGGCAACAUUUAAAUUUCCGUCAAUUAUAUUCUAAUUUGGCUGAGAUUCAAUAUAAUCCAAGUGUAAACAAAUUUUCAAUAGAAAGAAAUCUACUCAAAUUUAAUGACGUUUACGAAGUACCCUUUAAUGAUAUUAUUAAAGAUUAUAAUAUAAUUCAAUAUAGACUGGAACAAGAUAACUCUACUGGUAAUAUCAACGCAGUAGUGGAGAUCUUUAUAGAGACAGAGAAUAAAAACGUUGAUCUGUACAGGUGCAGUAACAAAAUUAGUGAUAACAAUGCUGUGUAUCCACCCAUACUGGAAGAAGUGACAGAUGCAAUGUUUCAAGUAUGA